AUGGAGAGCCGCGCACUCCUCGCCCAGCCCGGGCUCCGGACCAGGGACACCGGCUGGGCGCUCCUCUAUUUCCUCUGCUGCGUCCUCCCCCAGACCGCCCCGCAAGUACUCAGGAUCGGAGGGAUUUUUGAAACUGUGGAAAACGAACCUGUUAAUGUUGAAGAAUUAGCAUUCAAGUUCGCAGUCACCAGCAUUAACAGAAAUCGAACCCUGAUGCCUAACACCACGUUAACCUAUGACAUCCAGAGAAUUAAUCUUUUUGAUAGUUUUGAAGCCUCGCGGAGAGCCUGCGACCAGCUGGCUCUUGGUGUGGCUGCUCUCUUUGGCCCUUCCCACAGUUCCUCUGUCAGUGCUGUGCAGUCAAUCUGCAAUGCUCUCGAAGUUCCACACAUACAGACCCGCUGGAAACACCCAUCGGUGGACAACAAAGACUUGUUUUACAUCAACCUGUACCCAGAUUAUGCAGCUAUCAGCAGGGCGGUCCUGGAUCUGGUCCUCUACUACAACUGGAAAACAGUGACAGUGGUGUAUGAAGACAGCACAGGCCUCAUUCGUCUACAAGAGCUCAUCAAAGCUCCCUCCAGAUAUAACAUUAAAAUCAAAAUCCGCCAGCUGCCCUCUGGGAAUAAAGAUGCCAAGCCUUUACUCAAGGAGAUGAAGAAGGGCAAGGAGUUCUAUGUGAUAUUUGAUUGUUCACAUGGGACAGCUGCUGAAAUCCUUAAGCAGAUUCUGUUCAUGGGCAUGAUGACUGAGUACUAUCACUACUUUUUCACAACCCUGGACUUAUUUGCUUUAGAUCUGGAACUCUAUAGGUACAGUGGUGUAAACAUGACCGGGUUUCGGCUGCUUAAUAUUGACAACCCUCGCGUGUCCUCCAUCAUUGAGAAGUGGUCCAUGGAGAGACUGCAGGCCCCCCCCAGGCCAGAGACUGGCCUUUUGGAUGGCAUGAUGACAACUGAAGCGGCUCUGAUGUAUGAUGCCGUGUACAUGGUGGCCAUUGCCUCCCACCGGGCUUCCCAGCUGACCGUCAGCUCCUUACAGUGUCAUCGACACAAGCCAUGGCGCCUUGGACCCAGAUUUAUGAACCUAAUUAAAGAGGCUCGGUGGGAUGGCCUGACUGGGCGUAUCACCUUCAAUAAAACCGAUGGCUUGAGGAAGGAUUUUGAUCUGGAUAUUAUUAGUCUCAAAGAGGAAGGAACUGAAAAGGCUGCUGGCGAAGUGUCUAAACACUUAUAUAAAGUGUGGAAGAAGAUUGGGAUUUGGAACUCCAACAGUGGCCUUAACAUGACCGAUGGCAACAAAGACAGGUCCAACAAUAUCACCGAUUCACUGGCCAACCGAACACUCAUAGUCACCACCAUUUUGGAAGAACCCUAUGUGAUGUACAGGAAAUCUGAUAAGCCUUUGUAUGGAAAUGACAGAUUUGAAGGGUAUUGUCUGGAUCUGUUGAAAGAAUUGUCAAACAUCUUGGGCUUCAUUUAUGAUGUCAAACUCGUCCCUGAUGGCAAAUAUGGAGCCCAGAAUGACAAAGGAGAGUGGAAUGGAAUGGUCAAAGAACUUAUAGAUCAUAAGGCUGAUCUGGCAGUGGCUCCUCUAACCAUUACCUACGUUCGGGAGAAAGUCAUUGACUUCUCCAAGCCCUUCAUGACCCUGGGUAUCAGCAUUCUCUACCGGAAGCCCAAUGGUACCAAUCCAGGAGUGUUCUCCUUCCUCAACCCCCUGUCUCCUGACAUUUGGAUGUAUGUGCUCUUAGCCUGCUUGGGAGUCAGUUGUGUACUCUUUGUGAUUGCAAGGUUUACACCCUACGAGUGGUAUAACCCCCACCCAUGCAACCCUGACUCAGAUGUGGUGGAAAACAAUUUUACUUUACUAAAUAGUUUCUGGUUUGGAGUUGGCGCUCUCAUGCAGCAAGGAUCAGAGCUGAUGCCCAAAGCUCUAUCAACCAGAAUAGUUGGCGGGAUAUGGUGGUUUUUCACCUUAAUCAUCAUUUCAUCCUACACUGCCAACCUGGCUGCCUUCUUGACAGUGGAGAGAAUGGAAUCCCCCAUAGAUUCAGCAGAUGAUCUGGCAAAGCAAACCAAAAUAGAAUAUGGGGCAGUCAGAGAUGGAUCCACAAUGACCUUCUUCAAGAAAUCAAAGAUAUCUACCUAUGAGAAGAUGUGGGCAUUUAUGAGCAGCAGGCAGCAGACAGCCCUGGUAAAAAACAGUGAUGAAGGGAUCCAACGAGUACUCACCACUGACUAUGCCCUAUUGAUGGAGUCCACCAGCAUUGAGUAUGUGACGCAGAGAAAUUGCAACCUCACUCAGAUUGGGGGCCUCAUUGACUCCAAAGGUUAUGGAGUGGGAACACCUAUCGGAUCUCCUUACCGGGAUAAAAUCACUAUCGCUAUCCUUCAACUACAAGAAGAGGGCAAACUGCAUAUGAUGAAAGAAAAGUGGUGGCGGGGAAAUGGCUGCCCAGAGGAAGACAGCAAAGAGGCCAGUGCUCUGGGAGUAGAAAAUAUUGGGGGCAUAUUCAUUGUUCUGGCUGCUGGACUGGUCCUCUCUGUAUUUGUAGCCAUUGGAGAAUUUAUAUACAAAUCACGGAAGAACAGUGAUAUUGAACAGGCUUUUUGUUUCUUUUAUGGACUGAAGUGUAAACAAACCCAUCCAACCAACUCCACUUCUGGAACCACUUUAUCUACGGAUUUAGAAUGUGGCAAAUUAAUUCGAGAGGAGAGAGGGAUUCGGACACAGUCCUCAGUUCACACUGUGUAAUCAGUUAAAAAAAAAAGUGUGCCCAGUAGAAAUUGUUUCUGCUAAUUGGUAUUGUUGAUGAUAUCUGUAUCUUUUAAGCAUAAAUAGCCAUAAUUCUUUAUCCUUUCAAGGUAGCAAAACUCAUGGACUCUAGACAUUGAAUUCAAUGCACUGAAAACAGAUGCACAUUCUGUGUUGAAACCAAGGUGUAUUAGGGGCAUAUAAACUUCAAUAUAUGUGUAUUUUCCAGAAUCUGCUAUACCAUCAAGACAACGGUAUCUUAGUUCUAUAUUUAUGUGUUAAAAAUAAGCAAGUCUUUCUUCAUGAAAAAGUAGAUGUAGAUUUUCAACAGUGCAAAGCAUAAAAACAAAAUGCUAGUAUGGUGGAAUUCUUUUUAUCUUUGUGGACCUUUUUUUUUCUUUUUUUUUUUAAACUCCUGUUUUCCCUCUCCCUGUCCCUUCUGUUCUAUGUAGAUCCACAUAUUCAAACUACCCGAAACCCUAACUUUUGGUAGUAAGUCCAUAACAACGUUGACGUUCAACUCAAAUUGAUUCCACUAUUUAAAAUGUAUUAUUUACACAAAGAC